AUGGAUCUGAUUGUAUACGAAAUUCACCCUCACAUAGCUCUGCUGCGUGAAAUUGUCGGUGAAAGCAAUGAAGAGUUUAUUUUCGAUGAUUCAGAUGAUGAAAGCUACUUAAAAAGCCUUGAUCCAAAAAACUGGAAAGAUCAAGAUCAUUAUGCAGUUUUAGGAUUGAGAAAAAAGCGUUACAAUGCUACUCCGGAUGACAUAAGAAAGGCUUAUCGCAGAAAAAUUCUUGACCAUCAUCCUGACAAGCGUCGUUACAAAGGUGAAGCUGUUGGCGAUGAAAAACAUGACUACUUUUCUUGCAUAACAAUAGCAUUUGAAAUACUGGGAAAUCCUAGCAAACGUCUUGCUUAUGACAGUGUCGAUCCAGUUGUUAUAGAUGAUUCUGUUCCAACCCAACCUACACCUCACCUUGGUAACAGUCUAACUGAUGUCGAAGAUGUUCUUAGAUUUUAUGACUUUUGGGAAGAAUAUGACACUUGUCGUGAUUUCUCUUAUUUGGAUGAAGAAGAUAAAGAAAAAGGUGAAGAUCGAGAAACAAGACGUGCAAUAGAAAAACAAAAUCGUGUGGAACGAGCUCGUCGUAGAAAUGAAGAAGUGGGUGCUGUACGACAAAUAGUGAUACUUGCCAAAGAAAACGACCCUCGAAUUAUAGCUGCAAACAAGGCUGUUCGUGAAGCAAAAGAAGCAAAACGUCAAGCUCGUUUGGAUGCUGCACGUAAAAAGAGAGAAUUAGAGGAGGAGCAAACAAAGCGCGAGAUUGAAGCUGCCGCAUUGGCUCGAGCAGCUAGUGAAGAGCGUCGACGUGUUGAAGCGGAUCGUAUUCGCAAAGAGCGUGAUUUGAAUCGUAUGGAAGCCAAACGUGAAAGGCGUCAGUUGCGAAGUAUUCUUGUUGAUCGAUUUAAUUAUUUUUUGACCGAUAAUAAGGUUAAUACAUCUGAAACCGGAUCUCAUCAAGUCAAAAUUUUAGCCGACAUGGAUUUACUAUGCCAACGUUUGUCGAAUGCACAAUUGCACGAUUUGAAUGAACGCUUAGAGCAUGCAAAUACACCUGAUCAAGCACGUGAAAUUGUUUCAUCUGAGGUAGAAUCAGUUAAACGCGAACUACAAUCAAAAAAUGUCCAACCUCAGAUUAAAUCAAAAUCUGACAUGAGUUCUGCUACAGAGGGACAAAUUAUUGCUUCAAAAUGGACAGCUGAAAUGAUUCAGAUUCUUGUCAAGGCAGUUAACCUUCUUCCCGCCGGGACGCCCAAGCGUUGGGAAGCUAUUGCUGCCUAUGUAAACCAACAUGCUAAUGGUAUCUCCGUAACCGGUAAAGAAGUUUUGAAGCAAGCGAAAAUGCUAAAGGAAGAGGAUUCAACUUUACGUCAAAGGGCUAAUACUAAAGCCUUUGACUCAUUCACUAACUCUGUCAAGGAAACGGAUGCUGUAAGAAAUGUAACAAUUACAACCCAAUUAGAAGCUGAAGGAUCUCGUCCUUGGACAGUUGUUGAACAACGUGCCUUAGAACAAGCCCUAAAGACUUAUCCCAGUACAGUAGGCGAUUCCGGUCCAGAUGAUCGUUGGCAGUGUAUAGCAAAUGUUGUCGGUACUCGCACUCGACGUGAAUGUAUAUUACGGUGCAAAGAUUUGGCAGAACAAGUUCGUGCUAAGAAAGCUGCACUAGCUGCAGUCAAAAAACCAUCGAAUUCAUCAGCAACAACGUCUGCUCAAAACAAGAAAUGA